AGUGGCGGUUGUUUGAAGAUGGCGGACGUGGCAGGCCCCUCACGCCCCCGCGCCGCGGCGUUCUGGAGCCGGGACUUUUCUGAUGAAGAACAAUCAGUAGUAUAUGUUCCAGGAAUUUCUACAGAAAGAAAUAGCAGAUCAAGAUGCAAGGUGACAAGUCAAAAAGCUGAUGUUAGGACUUCCAAGGUGACUGAUACUUCAAUCUCCAUGGAGUCUUUAAAAGGUGCAGGUGAUUAUGUGGGUGAACAGGAUUCCUACAGGGGAGACAUAAAGAGUGCAUCAUUGAAGGAUUUAUGUCUUGAAGACAAAAGACGCAUUGCAAAUUUAAUUAAAGAACUGGCCAGAGUAAGUGAGGAAAAGGAGGUGACAGAGGAACGACUGAAAGCUGAGCAGGAAUCAUUUGAGAAGAAAAUCAGGCAGUUGGAAGAACAGAAUGAACUCAUCAUCAAAGAAAGGGAAGCUCUUCAGCUACAGUACAGAGAAUGCCAAGAACUUCUAAGCCUCUAUCAGAAAUAUCUAUCAGAACAGCAGGAGAAGCUCACCAGCUCUCUCUCAGAACUUGGUGCUGCUAGAAUGCGGGAACAGCAGGUAUCCAAUAGGAAAAGCACUCUCCGGUCUUCAUCUACAGAACUGGAUAGUUCCUACUUGAGUGUUGCCAGACCACAAACCUACUACUAUCAAACCAAACAAAGACCUAAGUCUGCAAAUCAUGAUUCAGCUUCAAAAUCCUUUCUGGAGUAUAGAAACAAUUCUUUGAAACCAGUAACCCUUCAUCAUUCCAAAGAGGAUCUAGAUAGGGUACCAUCAUUAGCCAGAACUGGUAAUUAUGACUCUCCUGGGAGAAAACCACUGGAUGCAAAAAAAGCUCUAUCAGAAGAACUGAAGAUGAAGGAAAGCCCACACCUUACACAUACUCCAUCUAUUCAGUGCUGUGGUCACAGACUCUCCGAAAAUGAUCAUGGUCAUGAGAGCCAUCCCACAAACAUAGCCCCUCAACAUCUUAAGACACACACAGAAUCCUGCAGUCAUUGUGGGCUUUCUUGGGCAGCUCUGAUGCAUGGUGGGAGGUCACUGGAUCCUAGUGAAAUUGAUGUCAAAAAACAGCUCUCAGAAGAAAGAAGGCAGCAACUGAUGCUUCAGAAAAUGGAACUGGAACUUGAAAAGGAGCGCCUUCAGCAUCUGCUGGCCCAGCAGGAGACAAAGCUUCUCCUGAAGCAGCAGCAACUUCACCAAUCUCGACUGGAUUACAAUUGGUUAAGAACUCAAGCUGUGUUUAAAUCAAGAGAACUGGUUACUGACAAAGAGCUUACAAACGUCCAAGAAUUCAAUCUGGAUAUGAAUGGGAAUGACUCUGUACCAAGUUUAUUAAAGUCAAAAUGUGAUAGCUGUCUGCUUGGAACAUCACCAUCCGUUAAAAAGUUCCAAGACCCCGUGAACAGUGGAGAGAAUAAGGAGAAGACAGCUGGCUUGCUGUCCCAUGUGGAAGAUGAUGCCCUAUGGAUGUGUCAAAAGAAAGAUACAUAUAGAUCCCCAAAAGGAACAAUGACAGGAGUUAGAAAAGAUGCAUCCACGUCUCCUAUGCCAACAGGAAGCCAAAAGGAGCUUGCGACCACGUCCUCAUCAUCACUCCAACACAGUACUUCCCGGUAUGAGACAUCUCUGUUGGAUUUGGUUCAGUCUCUGAGUCCUAAAUCUGCUCCCAAACCUCACCCCCAGCCCUCUAGAGAUGUGGGGACCUGGAAUCACGGCACUUACCAACUCAGUCCUCUGAAACCCACCUGGAAGAAGAGGGCACCAGGCAGGACUCCUGAAGACCUGGAGGAGGACCAGAUUCUGGAAGAUAUAUUUUUCAUUUGACACUAAAGCAAA